AUGACUAUGAUCACCAUAUGCACAAUGUUGCCAUUGUCCCAAGCUGCCUUCUGCAAGCUCAGGUGCCACGUCACCGAUGGUGAAGUGGCCAGACAACAAAUGACAACAGAUGGCCAUUGUUCAAUGUCAUCCAUUUCACAACCUUAUACCAGCCCUGGUGCAACAUUAGCAAUUAGAUAG